GAGCGAUUCUGUAUUACUCGUUGGAGCUGGUGGUAUUGGAUGUGAACUGUUGAAGAAUUUGGUUUAUAACGGAUUCAAUGACAUAACAAUUGUAUGACACUGCAUUACGUCAUUCUCUUUGGUUUUCAGGUAGACCUUGAUACCAUCGAUGUAAGCAACUUAAACAGACAAUUUCUGUUCAGUAAGAAGCAUGUUGGGCGUUCAAAAGCAGAAGUUUGUGGUUAAUUUCAGUAUAAUCUCUGUCUCAGACUGCCAGGGACAAUGUAUUGGCAUUUAAACCAACUGCUCAUAUUGUUGCUUACCACAAGAGUAUAUUCAGGUAUUUUUUAUCACUGGAAUUUCCCAUUUUAUACUAGCUCGUCAUUCGACUCGGAAUUCUUCGGAAAGUUUGCUGUUGUUUUUAAUGCUUUAGAUAAUCUUGCUGCAAGAAAACAUGUGAAUCGUAUGUGUAUAUCGGCAAAGAUUCCCUUAAUUGAGUCCGGCACAGCUGGUUACUUGGGACAAGUCGAGCCAUUAAUCCCCGUAGUUGAAACGAGUGAAUCGGAAGCCACCAACACAGAAGCGAAUCAAGCGACAAUCUAUCGUACGGGAUGUUAUGAAUGUCAACCUCGUGGAUUAGGUCAGCGUCACUAUCCAGCCUGCACCAUACGUAACACUCCAUCUGAGCCAAUUCAUUGUGUUGUUUGGGCAAAGUAUUUAUUCAAUCAGCUAUUUGGUCAACCUGAUGUGAAUGAUGAAGAUGUCUCUCCGGAUUUCACUGAUCCAAGUCUCCAUAACCAUGAUCGUAAUCAGAUUAAUAAUGAGUUGUUGCCGGCUAAAAACGAUCUUAUCAAUAAAUCUGAUGAUAUAUUAAAUACAGAUAGUACAGCGAUUGUAAAUUCAGUUAAACCUGAUCAAAUUACUUUAAGAGAAUGGUUUCACAUUCUAUGGUCUAAUAAUGAAAAUGAUCUGUCUAAUUUAGAAAAUCGUAAAAUUUCAUCUGGUGCCAUUUCACUAUCUUGGAGAUUAUUUCAUCAUGAUAUUGUCACAUUGGUUAGUAUGCGUGAUUUAUGGGUUGACCGUCAAGAUCGUCGAGAACCGAGUCCUUUGGAAAAGACUACAAUGAAAGAUGCAUUACAAAAAGAUUCAGAUGAAUUAUUGGAUUCAGGAUGUGUCAGUGAAUUACGUGAUCAACGGAAACUAUCUACAUCAGGUUGGCUUCGUAUAUUCUUAAAAUCAGUUGACAAACUACAGAAACAAGUAGAAGAUAGUGGAGGGGAUAAAUAUUUAGUAUGGGAUAAGGAUGACCCGGAAGCUAUGGAUUUUGUUGCCUCAGCAUCAAUUAUUCGAUCACAGUUAUUUCAUUUACCCGGUGCUGAUCAGUUAACCAGAUUUAUUAUUAAAUCUUUAGCUGGGAAUAUCAUACCAGCUGUAGCAUCAACAAAUGCCAUCGUUGCUGGUCUUAUGGUACUACAAGCUAGACACAUUUUAUCUAAAAAGUUUGAGCGUAUUCGUACUGUGUACAUACAUCGUCGACCAACUGGUCGUCGUGGUAAUCGUCGACUUGUUGUUCCUGUUGAACCAGCACUACCAAAUCCAUCUUGUUUAGUGUGUAGUGAUUCUGUUCGAAAUUCUCAACUUCAUUUACUUUGUGCACCGGAAUUAUUAACAUUGCGUAUUCUACGUGAUCGUAUCUUAAUACGACAUUUAGGUAUGCUUGCUCCAGAUGUCGAGGUACCUGAUCGUGGCAUUAUACUAAUAUCAAGUGAAGAAGAUGAAACAGAUGAAGAGACGUUAAAUAAAACAUUAGCUGACUUUAAAUUAACACAUGGUACUUGUUUACAAUGUGAUGAUUUUCGUCAAGAUUUUACUAUCCGACUUAUUUUAUCAUGUAUUAGUGUAGAGUUGGCUAAUGCAUUACCUACUACUACUACUGAUUCAUCAACAUCAACUUCAACAUUGAACCUUAAUGUCAAUAGUCGUUUAGCAGAUCAAUUCACUAAUGAGGAACAACAAUCCGAGAUAUGGAGAAUUGUAGGUGAUAUAAAUUCUAUUUUGCCGAAUUCAAAAGAUGAUAAUACAGUAUCAGAAAAGAAUGCUGAAAAAGAGAACAAUCAACAUACAGAUGAAUCUAUUCAUAACAAUAAUGAUGAUACAGAGAAUGAUUUAAUUGAAAUUACUGAAGAGUCUAUGAUUACAUUAAAUCAAGAUUUGGAAAAUGGUGUUAAUAAUAAUAAUACUACUACUAGUAUUAAUAAUAGUAGUAAUAAACGUAAAUUUCUCGAGACAAUCACUUGUGAUAAUCAAGACAAUAUGAAUACAAUCAAAGAGAAGAAAUUACGAUUUGAUAAAGAUUCGACAACAAUAUCAUCACCUAUUAUUGUACCAGUUGCUGACGACGACGAUGAUGAUGAUGAUUUAAUCAUUAUUGAAUAAAUAAAUAACGAAGAUAAAUCUACAUUAUAACAGUUAUAUGGUUACAUGCUUAUAUAUAUAUCAUGGAUCUUUGUAUGUAUUUGUGUGUGAGUGUAUGUGUUGGUACUUCAUAUUCUGUUCUGUAAAAGAUAACCAUUUUGUAAACCGUUACACGGUUGUUUGUUCUUCUCCCCCCUCUCUCUCUCACGAUGUUUCAUUUGCAUUUUAUCUUUUCUACUGAAAAAAAAACACACAUACUAGAUUGAUCAUCCCUUUCUCCCCUGUAUGUAUGCUUGUGUGCGUCUGUGUGUAUGUCUAAGUUGUUCAUUAAAUCGCCAAUUCACUAACCAGUCAUCCAUUUUAUUUUGUUAUAAAUUAUUAUUUAAUAUUAUACUAAAUAUGUUUAUACUUUUGUACCAUUCAUUAUAUGACAUGUAUAACAUGGAUAAUACAAACAGUCUACAAUGA